GCGCCACUUUGCCGGAAGGGCAGCGUGCCGGCUCAUCUUUGCCUCAAGGAUGCCCCGCAGCGCCGAUGGGACUCACAGUGCUCCUGAAGUACCCUGCCAUGCACCUUCGACGCCUGCUCCGAGACCGUGUGGAACAGGUCAUCUACUUGGAUGACCGCAACAUCGUCGUUACCAGUGCUCGCGAUGCUGAGACCGUCAUCCAGACUUGGAAUCGCUUCUCUCAGGAACUAGGGCUCGUUGAGAACAGACGUAAACUCCGGGUGCUGACGAAGGAUCCCGCGCAGAGGCGGGCGCUGCAGAAUCUUGGCAUUGAGGUGCACCAGACAGCCAAGGUUUUGGGAGCCUCCUUUUUCUCCAACGUCGAGGAUGACCCGGAGCUCAGUGACAGAGCGGAGAGGACAGCUAUGCAGGUCAAACGACUCCGGCUUUUGCCCAUCGGUGAGAAAGGCCGUGAGCUGAUGUUUAGGACUCGAAUCGCCACUGCAGCGGUUUGGGGAUUCUGGUUCAAGCCAUGGUCUGAGCAGCACUGCGCAGCCGUUGAUACUUCGGCGCGAAAAGCUGUGGGCAUCACCACGUCUGGGGCUCGCACUCUUUGGCAGCUUCUGGCAGGGCAUCAGUUUGACAUGAGAUUCUUCUUCAGGCACUCUAGCAUCCUCAGCUUCCUGCGCGCGGAGUGGUACUGGAGGCAGAAGGGCAUAACAUUGCCCGGGGGACGAUGGACUCAGCAGACAAACGCCGACCUCGAAGGCCUUGGCUUCGUCAAGACUGGACCGUGGAAGUGGCGGCAUGCUGAAGCCGGCGAUGUGUCUUGGUUCCAGGGCGACGCCAAGCAGGAGCUCCGUAAGACUGGUCAUGUCAUUCGCGAGGCAUGGCGGCGUGGGCAGAUGAGGGCCUUCCUUAAGCGGAUGACUCGUCAUGAGGCGGUGGACAUUCAGGCGCAGGGGGCCACCUACCGCGAGGAGCAGGUCACCAAGACGAGGCAGCUCUACGCGAAGGCCACUGCGGAAGAGAGGGGAGUCCUGAUAGCCGGAGCCUGCAGCGAAGCCAACUACGGUCAGAAAAAGCGCGGGGCGCGCGAUGGCCUUGCCCACAUCGUGCAGUGUGGCCUCUGCCAGGCCAGGGAAGUUCCAAACUGGGAACAUGCAGCUUGGCGAUGUUCGUACUUCUGCGAGGGCCGAGGGCAUCAUCAUGAUGAUCCUUGGACGCGACGAUUGGGUUGGGCUGCGCCGCAUGAGUCGCUGGCGCAGGCGAUGGAGCGGCUGCGACGUCUGGCCGGGAUUCGUGCAGAAUUACGACAGCGCUUUGGCUUCGAGCGUGGACGGCCGCCUGAAGCAUGA